AAAGUAAAUGAGCAGAGAAGACAUAACAAAACAAAAGUUUUCCAUUUAAGUGCUUAAUAAAAGAAAAAAAUGGUGCAAAUCGUUUAAAUUAGUGGAAAAUCUAUUAAAACUAUAUUAACGAUUUUGUGGUAAAGCCACAAACGGGCAUUGAAGUUUUAUUAGUAUUAUAAAAAGAUCGCUGGCGAGGCUAGUAGUACGUAGUAAAGUGAGAACGGACACGCAACCAAGUGAGACCUAAAAAGGGAAAAGCGUAAAGAAAACACGAAUAAAAUUUCAAGCGGGGUAUACGGCAUGACGGCGGUGGCCAGACCCAUAGAAGUGAGACCUUGAGAAAAAAGACGACGAACAUUGCUUAGAACAUAAGCAAGGUAAAGUGCGAAGGAAUGGCUUGUGACUUCCAGCAGAUAUAGUGAAUAAUAAUCAAAUAAGAAAAAAACGGUCAGCAAUAACAAGUGCAAAACAAAUAUACUAAAUCACAGGUAAAAAGUGCUGCGGGUGUCGGUGUAGAAAAAAGUACUUAUUCUUUUUUAACAUACAAAAACUAUGGCUGGAGCUGAAGGUGAAGGUGGCGGCUCACAUAGCAGUCGUGAAGCACGCAAUUUAGCCGAGAAGCAUCGCAGAGAUAAACAGAAUGCAUAUAUACAGGAGCUGGCAUCCAUGGUGCCGCAUGUGGCGGAUUCCACACGACGUCUAGACAAGACUGGUAUAUUGCGUUGUGCCGCGCAUGGAUUGCGUGUACAAUAUAUAUUUGGAAAAUCUGUAUGGCGAAAACAGAAGGUUUCCAAGAUCUGUGAUGAUCCCGAUUUCGCCAAUGCACUUACACACAUACUGGACAGUUUCUUUGUUGCAAUCACCGCACACGGACAAAUUGUUGUAAUAUCCUCGACUGUAGAAAAAAUACUCGGCCAUUGUCAAACGGAUCUUUAUGGCCAAAAUAUAUUAAGCAUAACACAUCCAGAUGAUCACGCGGCUAUGCUUGAGAAUCUUAUACCACGUGACAUGGAAGCACUAUUCCGCAAUAGCAAUGAAUAUAAUAUGCAGCAGACGUCACCAAAUAACGAUGAGCAGGCAAAUUUUAAUACUACUAGUAGACAAACAACAGAGCCCUUCUUUAGAGAUAGUGCCGGCAAUAAUAACAAUAAUACAACACAAAAUGAUGCAUAUUUAAAUGAUAUUGAUGAACGCUUGCGUAACGAUAAACGUACCUUUUUGGUACGUUUAGCGCGCGCUGGUACACGCUCGGAAGCAAAUCGAAAAUAUGAAUUAAUGCGUUUUGAUGGUUGUUACCGACGCAGUGACUUCUCCUGCUCAUCUGGUACAUUUCCAAUUGUCUCACAAUUGAUACGACGCACACGCAACAACGGUAACGGUACCAACGGUGGCGUGCAUAUGUUGCAACACGAUGUCAUAGCACAGGCAGCUAGACACGGCAUUAGUGGCAACGAUGUGGUCUUUGUGGCUAUGGCACGUAUCAUACGCACGCCAAAGAUAGCCAAUGUCCUGUUCUGUGAAAGUACCAAUGGUCGUCUGGAAUAUAAGACGCGACAUUUAAUAGAUGGACGUAUUAUUGAUUGCGAUCAGCGGAUUGGACUUGUUGCGGGUUACAUGAAAGAUGAGGUCUACAAUCUCAGUCCCUUCACAUUCAUACACGAGGAGGAUGUACGUUGGGUAAUUAUCGCGCUACGUCGUAUGUACGAUAAUAAUAUGGCACACGGCGAAAGCUUCUAUCGGCUGGUCACACGCAAUGGCAACUAUAUAUACCUGCAUUCGAAGGGUUAUUACGAUUACGUGGGCGGCAAGCGGGAUAUUUACUCCUUCGUCUGUGUGAAUACGCUGCUGUCUGAAGAGGAGGGUCGCUAUUACAUAGACAUGAUGAAGAAGAGCUUCUCGACAAUUGUGCAAAACAAGAUAGCCGAUACUACUAGUGCUACUUCGGAUACCUGUAGUACACCUGAACGCGAUUACGCGCUGGAUGUACCGGCCUGCUCGAAUGCCGAGCAACUGGAACGAAUCGUACUUUAUUUGGUGGAUAAUUUACAGACACGACACAACAACCGGAAUGGCACCGGCUGUGGUGAGGAUACCGGCACACAGGCGGACAACGAACGAACGGGCACCCCAUUACUCUCGUUGGUAGCGCCCGAACCCGCCUCGGUGAAAACCACCAUCGCCAUAUCGGUGGCGGUUGUAAAGACGGCGACCAAAAAUCGACACUUAAAUAUGCGGAAUAUGCGCAGACAGUUCGAGUUGCAAAGUCCGAGUAGUGUGUAUAGUAAUAGUGAUGUGACCAUGUCACCCUGUAGUUAUAGCAGCGAUGAUGGCCAUGAUGCCAUUGGUUCGCCUUUGAAUAUGCAUCCCAGUACAUCAGCCGCGGCGGCAGCAGCUGCUAGUAGAGCCGCUGCUGAGGCAGCGUCGACGUCUGCGUCGGCAACUGUAAAUGUGCAGCGACCGAGUGUGCUGCAGUUGAACACGCAAGCCGUCACAAGCCGGCAGGCUGCGACGUUGGUGGAAUUGCCGCAGCAUAUAGCGCAGACACCCGUGACCCCGCAAGGGACGAGCAGUGUCCUGGAGCAGCGGCUAACAGCGCCAACGACAGCAACAAAUGCAACAAAUCGACUGGCAUGUGUUAGCAACGGUGAGAGUGAUAGCUUACACCAACAACAACAACAACAAGAACAACAGUUACGCCCGCAGCAGCAACAGCAGCAGCGGCACACGACGGUCUUGAAGCGUUUGCGAACAACAGCCACUUUAAAUGGCAACACCAGCAACAACAACAGCGCUUGCACUAGCAAUGGCUACGCUAGUGACAGCAGCGGCAUCACCACCAACAACAAUAAAAGGCAUUUUAGCCGCACCAACAUUGAAGAGCUGGACAUAAGCCCAACGAAACGUCGUCAACCCUCGUCGUCGUCGUCCUUACCGCCAAGUGACAUAGAAACGCUGACCACAGCAACGCUUCUGGCGCAGCCUGUCCAAAUGCAGGAUGCGAUCAGCCACUCGCUGCAGAAUAUCGAUCAAUCAUUGCAGAGCAUAGAGGAAAACGCGCGUAAUUUGUGCCAACAACAUGCCCAACUGUUGCCACAAAGUGUGCCAAGUGCCUUCAACCAGCAGUUGGAGUACAUUUUUAACGAACAUCAGCGUCAGGCCGAGCAGCUCUUGCAUAUAAGGAAUGAAUAUGAUGUGCACAUGCAGGAGCAUCAGCAACAGCAACAGCAACCGCACCAACAGCCGCAGCUGCCGGCUUUACAGGAUGGCAUAUAUGAACCUUUUCUGCCGCUCUCGUUGCCCCCACAAGAGCUCGAUGCAGCUCCGAGCGUCGAUACUGCCUUGCUCGAUUCCACUCUGCCGGUGGCGAGUAGUUAUCUGGAGCCGAAUGUUGCUAUGCUGAAUGAGUUGGAGAAGCAACUGUAAGUUGUUAAUUCGCGGCUCAGCGCUGCAGGUAUGCGUUGGCAGCGCAGCAGGCCCGGUCGGUGCGGUGAGCGUUUAGGUACUGUUGGUUUCUGUGUUUUGUUUUUUUUUUUUUUACUCAAUUAGCAGCAUUCGUAACAAUAACAAAAACAAGAGAAACCCUACAAACAACAAAAACAAAAGUUCAAAUUCUUCUAAUUUACACAUAAUUCCCUACCACUUAACCUUAAAAUAAAAAAUAAAAUAAAAUUUAUAUACAUAUAAUUUUUCCAAUUAACAACGCUAUGCUGUUGCCUACAGUAGCCACAUACACACAUACAUUCAUACACACAGUGCACAUAAAUACAUGUACAUAUGUAACUAUGAUGAUGGCGCAUAUUACUGAUGCUUGGUGUUCGAAAAUAAACAAAAAGAAAAAAAAAAAACAAAUUAUAUGCGUACAUACAUACACACAUGCAUAAGCGGUUAUCUACGUAUGUAUGUGUGGUACAACAUAAAAUCUCUAUAUACAUAUUUAUGUACAAUAUAACCUAACUCUUUUUUACGUAGUGAGUCCUUUUCCGUGUUGAGAAUUGUUGGAGUAAAAAUAAAGCAAAUACAUAUAUGUACAUAUGUAUAUACCAAAUAUUGUAAAGCAAAAGAAUUGCGAAAUGCAGUGAAUAAUGUAAAUAAAAAUUAAAAAAAAAUAAUUAAUUUAAAA